AUGCAAUACUGGCUCAUGAUUGCAUUUGUUUGCUUAUUGUUACAGGCAGAUGGAUGUUUCGCUUCUUCACUAAAGGCCCAACUCUCAGUCGCGCCCAAGGCCGAAGGUCUUAUGGAAUUUGAUUCCAUUAUACAGGUAUUUCAGACGCUAUCAAGAAAACCGACGUGUCAUCAAUCUGUAAUAUAUUCCCUUAUGGCACAAUGUGAGCUUCAGAACAGCGUAUUGAGUAUGGAUGAGCGAAUUCAGUUUUCUACUCGACUUACCAUGUGCGACUUGGAACACGCAGACAUAACGGUACCUUCUGAGUGUCUCAGAGGCUCUCAACAAAAAUGCCUAGCUACACUUGAAGAUAAUUCAGCCUGGUGGUUGGCGUUUGUGUCGUAUUACCGUGACAUGGAUCGUUUGUGUAAAUCAGCUUUUCUGGAAUACGAAAAACAAAAUGCACUGGAGUUGAACAAAAACAUCACUCGCAUACAAAAGCGAUUGCUUGAAGUGUUGCAAGAGAAGUUGACUGAACAGGAAAUUAGUCUUGAACUCAUGCAAGACACCACUGCAACAUCAGUUAAACGAUUAGAGCAAAUAAUCACAUCAUCUCAAUCGUCCGUAAUUAUGGACAUGGAACAGCAAACUGCUCAGUUGCAGAAACUACAGAAUUCCUUUGAUCUUUUAACUCAAUAUCAGUCUGAGGUUCUGGACAGUGAGGCUUUUGCGAGCAACAAGCUUGAAUUAUUAAGGGAGAACGUAAAUGGUCUAUUAUCUGCAUAUUCUUCACAAAUGAAUGCAUUAGCGAACAUCGCUAAUAGGGGACUUCAAAGUUUGGCCGACGAAGUCUCAAAACACCAGACUAAUUUGCAGGAAAGUGCCGUUCAAGACGCAAAGAUCUUUGCAAAUGAGGUAGUCCACACAUAUCGUAAUUCCAUGGCGCAAACAAAAAAUGAUUUGAUGAACUUUAUGAAAAGUCAGCAAUCUCUCACAGAAUUUUAUUUUGGAACCACUUGUCGAAUGGAGUGA